AUGAGUAGUGCUGGAAAACUUAUUAUAACAAGCAACGGAUCAGAUCCUAUUGAGCUGUAUGCAGGCGGAAAUGGCACAAAUAUGACAGCCAAGCUGUUGAAUUCGGGGAAUUUUGUAGUGAUGAAUGGAAUUUUUACGCUAGAAUGGGAUCCAGCCAGACAUAGAUUGAUUGUUAAACGGCGAGGGUUGGUUUAUUGGACCAGUGGGGACUUGAAAAAUUAUACGGAUGAGAACUCGAGAUUGAAUGUCAAGGAAUUUGAGAAUAUAGUCAUGAAACCCGAUGUUUUCAAUUUCAAUUACAAUUUCACCUAUGUUUCAAAUGGUGUGGAGGAUUACUUCAGCUACUCCCUUAUAAUAGACCCCAAGUUGACAUCUGAACGUCAAAAAACUGUUUCUGGAUUGCGGCUGAAAUUUAACGGGGAUAUAUAUGAUAUGAAAAGUCUAAUGAUAGCACCAGUAAGUCUCUGUUAUGGUAAUUAUACACGAGGCUGUGAAUUACGGGAGCAGCCAAGAUGCAGGAAUCAUAAUGAGACAUUUGUUUGGAAAUCAGGGCAUUUCGUUAAUGGAGAUGGGAGCCAGCCAAUUGCAGAUGAUAAUGCAAGUCAUACUGAGAGUGACUGCAGAGACAACUGCUGGAAGGACUGUGAAUGUGUAGGCUUUACGAGUGGAUUGGAAUAUGGAUGUUCAUACUGGAGAGGGAAAUAUUGGACUUUUGUACAGAGUUAUGAUGGUAUUGAAGCUGGACAAUUCGUUCUUGUUUCAGAGGCUUCAAACAAAACAGAGUCUUCAACCAAAAGAUGGAAGACAUGGAAAAUCAUUACUUUGGUUAUUACAGUAGUCGUAAUUUUGUUGGGCUGUGUAUGGUUCAUCAUCCAAAAAAUUGAACAAGCAAUUGCUAAAGCCAAUAAUAUAAUAAACACGGACUCGUGA